AUGCCGACCUCCGCGCUCAAUCCAGCGCCCGAGGUGAGCAUGGCUACGCCGCAGCAUCCGGCGUUUGGCAGCUCGGCGCUGCGUCAACGGCGCUCGUCGCACUCGUCACACUCGUCACACUCGUCGCAUUCCUCGUACGCCGCACGGCAUCCGGACCGUGUACCUCCCAAAGCGGCGUCGCCGAACCGCGCGUUCCUCGCCGUGAUCGGCAUCCUCGUUCUCGUGCUGCUGCAGACCUUCGCCGGACUCUGGCUCUUCGUCAAGGGGUUCCUCCUCACGCGUCACGAGCUGCUAGGCGCCAACAACUGCACCAGGCCCGCCGACUCGGCAUGGACGCUUCCUGCGCCGCCGGCUGCGUUUGACGAUGCUGCACUUCUGAAAUGGGCAGAGACACUCGAUCCGCAAACGGGCAUGGGCGAGUGUAGGCUCAAGCCGACGCAUAGCAAGGCGGUCGUCAUCGUGAUCGAUGCGCUGCGGUACGACUUUAUCGCCCCACCGCCUCCUGCGGGGUCGGUGUCCGACAGAGUGGAAGACGCAUGGAAGCCGAAUCCGCACUAUCACAGUGUCCUCACACUUCCGGCACAGCUCACCGCGCAGCAUGGCAGCCCCGUGCAUGCAAAGCGGCCGGGUCCUGCUGGGUUCCUGGCGCAUUUCGCCGCGGAUCCGCCCACGACGACGCUGCAGCGGCUCAAGGGGCUUACGGCAGGCACGCUGCCGACGUUUUUCGAGGCGGGCGCCAACUUUGGCUCGGCGGGCACGGGCGUCGGCCGCGUGCACGAGGACACGUGGAUCGCUCAGCUGCGCGCCUCGAUCCUGGCGCAGCGUGGUGCGGAUGCGCGCGCCGGCCUCGUGUUUGCAGGCGACGACACGUGGGCGACGGUGUUACCUGGUCUGUUUGACAACGACACCAUGUGGACGUACGACUCGUUCAACGUCGAGGACCUCGAUACGGUCGACCGUGGAGUCGAAUCCCGCCUGCUGCCCUUCCUGCAGCCGCAGCAUGCUGACCGCAAGGCCGGUGUGCAUGACCACUGGCGCCUGCUGGUCGGACACACUCUGGGCGUCGACCAUGUUGGGCACCGUUUCGGAGCGAGCCACGAAAAGAUGGCGACGAAGCUGGGCGAGAUGCAGCGCUUCGUGCAGAACGUGACGGACGCCAUGGAUGACGAUACGCUGCUGGUGGUCCUGGGCGACCACGGCAUGGACGAGCAUGGCGACCACGGCGGCGACGGAGAGCUCGAGGUGGGCGCAGGGAUCUGGAUGUAUGCCAAGUCCGGAUUCGGCUACACGGCGCGCGGUGGCAAGAUGGACGCAGCCGAGUACAUCUCCACACCGGAGCUGGAGGCGCUGCUGCCAAGCCGCAUCGCGUUCUCGCCGCUGCCAUCGCCGCCGUAUGGGGCCCACCGGAGCAUCCAGCAGAUCGACGUGGUGCCUACACUGGCGCUGCUGCUCGGGGUGGGUGUGCCGUACAGCAACCUGGGCAGUGUUGUGCCCGAACUCUUUGCGCAUCCGGAUACGCUGCUGCGUGCGCUGCGCAUCAUGGCGACACAGAUGCGCACCUACCUCGCAGCGUACGCCGCGCAGUCGCCCGAUCUGGCGGCGUUCCGCUCCGAGCUCGAUGCGCGCUGGCUGGCCGCCGUGCGCGCGGACGCCGAGCUCGCUGCUGCGCUCCACGGCCGAGCGGCGCAGGCGGACGUCGAGACGCUGUGGAGGAAGGCUGCGCAGGCGUACCACGCGUUCAACCGCGUCAGCCUCGUGAGCGCACGCAGCGUGUGGGCGCAGUUCGACCAGGUGCGCAUUGGGCUUGGGCUGCUAGUGCUCGUGCUGGGCCUCGCGUCGGCGUGGGUGCUCCGCUCCGGCGCACGUACCGGCCUCAUUGGUCGCCUCGAUGCCGACACUGCCGAUGGGGACGUAAUGGUGGAGAGGGCCAGCAGCGGUGCGGAGGAGCUGGGCAGGGUGGUGUAUGCGGCGGUGCGUACUCCUGCGCUCGUUGGCGCGGCGACGGGUGCGGCUGCGGCGACAGCUACGCAGCUAGUGCUGGCGGGGUUGGCGAAUCUGACGCUGCUGGACGGGCUGCUUGCGGGCAGCGCGGUAGGCUCUCAACUCGGACUGCUACUCAGUGCGUCGGGCGCGAAUCUGCGACGCAGCAUACGGACCCGAGAGUCGGAUUCGGUGGCGGUGCCGACGACGACUCGGGUGUUGGAUGCAGCCGGAUGGAUAGUACUGCUGCUGCACGCGGGGUCGUUCGCUAGCAACUCGCUGCUGAUCUUUGAGGAUCGCUUCGUGCUGCUCGCCUCAGCGGUGCUGCUUCUGCUGCGGGGCGCGUUCGCGGUUGGUGCAGCGAGCACGCAGCGGCAGCAGGUGCGAUUGGGUCUGAUGGCGGUAGUUGCGCUGCUGCUCGUUCGGGCCGCAUCCAUGCCGCGCGUAUGUCGCGAGGAGCAGGCUGCUCACUGCACCUCGACGUUCUUUGCGGGCACAGCGGCGUUGAACAGUCCGUACGUCAUGGUGGCAUCGUAUGCAGCCGCGUUUGCACUGCCGCGCGUUGUGGCGUGGUUCUUGGCGCAGAGCAGGAGCUACGUGGGUGUGGCGCCGAUGUUCUUUACGUGGGCGCUGCGGCCGGCGCUCAUGCUCGGGGCAGGGUACUGGGUGCUGGACUGGGCGGUGGCGCUCGAUGCGGUGCAGGCGAGCGGCGAGGCGGCACGAGUCGAGUGGGUUAAGGGGUGGGUGGCGGUGUUGGCGCUCGGACUGCCCGGGGUCGCGGGGGUGUUCUGGGUCUUCGCACCGCUGUGUCUCGAGAUCCGACGCGAGGCAGCGGCGGAGGGCGAGGAAAAGACCAAAGUGACGAUUCUCGGAUACUCGAACAGUCUGGGUAGCAGCUAUGUGUUGCUGGUGGGUGCGGUGUUUGCGGUGCUGUUUCUGGUGACGCAGCCUGCUGGGCAGCUUGCCCUGGCCGCAGUGCUGGUUGCGGCGCUAGCGGCUGUGGAGUUGGGAGAUGCCGAGAGGGAUCGGGUGGUGUUGCACCGUCAGCGCACCGAAACUCCCGCCGGAGCAGUGCACCUUUCCGCGGCGGAGAUUGCGUCGCUUGCGCUGCUGGGCUACAUCGGGCUGUUCGGCACCGGUCACCAGGCGACACUGGCGUCGAUCCAGUGGCGCGUAGCGUUCCUCACGAGCCCGACGGUCAGCUACCCGCUGUCGCCGGUGUUGGUGGCACUCAACUCGUUCGGCGCGGUCUCGCUGCUCCCACCGCUACUGGUGGUGCUGGCGGUAGUGUGGAAUGCCACCCCGCUCCCACGUGGAAGCGGCCGCAAGAUGGCCACACCCUCCGUGAUGCUGCAUGCGCUGCUCACACUGGCGCUCUAUAACGCCCUGCUGCUCACCACAUCCGCCGCACUAGCGGGCACGCUCUUCAGCCGCCACCUCAUGCUGUUCAAGGUGUGGACGCCGCGCUUCAUGCUCGCUGCCACCGUGGCGCUACUCGCCCAAGCAGCCGCUAUAGCCGCAGCGCUCGCUGGCUGGCAUACGGCCAACAAGGUCAACACGAUCUUUGGCACCGAAUUCGCCUAG